GCUGGGAGGUAAUUAACUCUUUCUGGCCCUGUCACCUUUCAAUGAGACGUUAUAUUACACUCAUAAUGUCACCGGGGGGGGGGGGGUGACUCCCAGAGCAUCCCCCCCCUUUCCCAUCAGCACCAGUACAGCCUUGGCCCAUCUGAUCCUUGGGGCAGCUGGUCUCCCCCCACACACACACACUCACCGAGGUGCCACGGGGGCAGCCAGCAUGUGAGUGCGAUGCCCAGGCUCAGUGCCCCCUGGGCUGGCCAGCAGGGGCCGCGGGCAGCCGCUGCUGAUGGAGGGCACCGCUGGGGGGCUGCUCCGGGUGAGAUUCAGACGUCCCUGCCCUGGAGCCAUUGCUGGGGCCCCGGAGCAGGGCAGCAGCCGGGUCCGUGCCAGGCAGCCCCUUGCCCCCUGGCCUCUGUGAGCUCAGGGGUGUGAUGCGGCUGCCAUGGCAACACAGCUGACAAUGGUACCAGCAGGGACGGGACCCGAGCCCCGGACUUGUGCCCACAGGGUACCCGGUGCAGGAGGCCCUCGGGGCGCAGCUCAGCCUUGCCACAGGGGGGCCCCCGCAGCUCUCUCGGGGGGGGCGUCUGAGCGCAGGGCGCCCGGGGGCGGCCGGCGGGAGCCAGCAUGGCGCGCCCGCUGAGCAUGGACGCGCAGCAGCAGGAGUUCUGGAAGGAGCAGUACCUCCAGGAGCUGCGGCUCCGCUUCCGCUGGCGCCAGCGGUUCGGGGCGUCCGUCAAGGCCAAGCAGGAGCAGCGGCGCCGGGCCACCCGGGAGCCGCUCAAGCUGCCCGCCCUCCGGUCUCCGGCGCCCGUGGCCCAGGCCCAGCGGCCGCCCCAGGCGCCCGCCGGGGCCGCCCCGGGCAUCCCGGAGGGGGAGAUGAAGCCCGUGGCGCCGGAGGUGCGGAAGCUGCUGUACCAGGGCAUCUCCCAGGACGGCGAGGGCCGGCGGCGGUACCUGCGGCUCCGCACGACCCGCGGGCCCGAGGAGAAGUACUACACCCCCGUCACCACCAACUUCAUCUACGGCUGGCAGAUGGGGAAAGUCACCAACGUCUACGUGCCCCCGUCGCCCAAGUGCCGCAUCGAGAGCUUCUUCCGCAAGAAUGGGGUCUUCUCGCUGCUGGACCCACGCGAUGUGGCCUUGUGAGAGCCCGACCCCCCUACCCCGCCAUGGGGCUCUGGGCCUGGGACUGGGCCAGUCCCCCCACCCCUGGAUCACGCUGGCUGCUUGGGACGCUGGACUCUCCUAACACGACCGCCUGGUGCUGCCCUGCUGGCUCUGUGCAUCCUUCACCCACCCGGCCGGGCACUAACCAAAUGUAGGGCCCGGGGGCCUCCCCUUUAACCGCCUCUGUGCAAAGCGGCAUGCCAAGGCAGCUGGCCCUGGCACCCGGCUCUGGCAGAGCCUGACCCCAACCUGGCCAGUGCCCAGCCUGUGGCUGCCAGGGCCCCUCCAAGCAGGGUCAAGGCUCUGGGAGUGGCAGCCGGUGAGGGUCAGGCUGGGCACCAAGCCCUGCGGCGAGUCCAGGGUGGGCACAGGCAACCAGCAGGGCCUGGCACGUCCUUCAUGGUAACAGCCCCGGGGCCGUGCCAAGGUGAAGGGUGGAUGACUUUAUUGUAGGCUGUGCCAGGCUGGGCCGCACGUGGGCAGAGCCAUUACACAGUCCUGCGGGCUCCUCUCCAAGGCCCCUGGCAGCGCCAGGGGGCUCCCCUGCCUAGCCAGUGUCUCCAUCCACUGGGGAUCUCUGGUGGCUGCCCACUGUCCUCACCGGCAGUCCCUCGCCCUCUUGGUGGGGACCCCCCCAGAGAGCCACCAUGGGGGGAAGGAGGGCCUGAGCCCCACAGCACCCCUGAGCCUCCUAUCCAGCCCCUGGGAAUGGCCCCUGAGCUGCGGCUCCUGUCCUUCCCUGUGCCCCAGCCCCACAGCGCCCCCCCCCCACGCUCCAGGAUCUCCAGCCCCACAGCACCCCCCACGCUCCGGGAUCU